AGCUGCCAUUUUGCCUGCUCGGGUCUCCCCUGACGGAUGUGAACUGCAGUUCCACCCUGGAAAACAAUUCCGAAAUAUUUUAGUUUUGCCUCGGUUUCGUCUUUGGUACCCUCCGAGCGGCGUCAAAAAAAUCCGUUUUGGACUUUUGGAGGUGAGGAGGGCCCUCCUCUUCGAGAACAAUCCACGAUCGGGCGGUGAAAGCGCGGCUCAAGUGAAACAUGUCGUGCGAAGAGAGCUACUUGGCUAUCAUUCGCUACCUGACCGAUGAACGGAAGCCGUACGCACCGGGGACGCCGGAUAACACCAAGAGGAAGAUCCGCAAAGCGGCCGCCUGCUACGUGGUGCGGAACGGGACUUUGUUCUACCAGCGGAGGCUGAAGGGGCAGAAUGACUUCACGGAGCUGGAGGUGGUGCUGCAGGACAGCCGGAGGAGGGAACUUAUCAGCGAGGCGCACAUCAUGGAGGGAGGGGAGCACUUCAACCAGCAGCUCACCUGGGAGCUCAUCUCACAGAAAUACUGGUGGAGAGGCAUCCUGAAGCACGUCAAAGACCACAUCCGGGAGUGUGCUCAGUGUCAGAGCAGACGCGGGGCGGACGACGGCUCUGGUCCUCGACCGUUUUCCCGGCUGGGGCGACGCAAAGCUGUUGCCAACGAUGACGACGACGUGGAGGAAGAGGAGGAAGAGGAUGGCGAUGAGAGUUUAUUAUUUUGCGAUUCUUCUUCCCAGCUGGGGUCCAAGAUGACCAAAGGCAUCGCAAAGCAUGAGCUGGUCUUUGUGGACAGUAAGGGUAAAGUGAAUCAGUUCCUGCCUAAACACAGCCAGACCAUGCUGGACAAACUCAACCAGCAGCGCCUCAACAACCAGUUCUGUGAUAUCACCCUGCUUAUCGAGGGGGAGGAGUUUCGCGCCCACAAAGCUGUGCUGGCCGCCUGCAGCGAAUACUUCAAUGAGCUCUUCUUCGAAAAGGGCGCCGCGUCCACUCACGAAGCUGUGGUAGACCUUUCCGGCUUCACCAAAUCCAGCUUCCUCCCGCUGCUGGAUUUCGCCUACACGUCGACGCUCACCUUCAAUUUCUGCAUCAUGGCGGAGAUCGCCAACCUGGCACGACACCUGCUCAUGACCGAGGUGCUGCAGAUCUGCGAGUCGGUGCACAAGCAAGUGGAGGAGCAGAAGCUGACGGUGUACCAGCAGGGCGACGUGCACACGGUGGUGUCCAGCCAGCUCUCCGCUCAGGACGAGCCCAAGGAUGAUUCCGACGCCUACAUGGUGACCAUCGAGAGCGACGGCAGCGUCGUCACGCACGGCGCUGUCGCAUUGUCUGAGGAAGGUCUGGCUUUUGUGGCGCCCUCCAAGGAGGCGUACCUCCAGCAGCCGGUGGCCGUGGUCACUCAGACUGUGGACGGAACCAAACUGCACGGCGGGGAGACCGUGGCUCUCAUCACUCACAGCAGCCAAGCCGAGCCGGGAGAGACCGUCACGCUCAUCUCGGGAGCUGCUGAGGAAAUAGAGGGCGAGACGAUGACGGUGGUCACCCACAGCGGGCAGGCUGGAGCCAGCGAGUCCCUCGCCGUGGUGUCGGCCUGCCUGGCGCUGGAGCAGCCUCAGAUGACCACAGAAACUGAAGCUUUCGUCAUAAAUGUGGAUACGGAAAAACCAAGCCCCGCAGAGGUCGCCGACCCUCAACCGGCGCCAGGCCCGGAGGAAAGCACUGAAACCCAGGCCGUUGAGGCGAUCCCUCCACCACAGAAGCGCAAGCGAGGACGUCCAGCCAAGGUGAAGAAGGAGGUGGAGGUGGUGGAGGAGCUCUUGCCGUUGGAGGAAGAAGAUCCGUCUGCCGAUGAAAGCCACACAGACAAGCAGGAGGUGGCGUCUGACGAUCCCAGCAGGAGGCGCCUUCGGCAGCGCUCCAUCGCAGAGGGCGGCUACGCCCGUCUGCACAUGGGGCUCGAAAACGAAGAGGAGGGAAAGAAAGGCUCGACUCCGCCACGAGCUGCAACCCCGAAGGUAGCUACGAAGCCAGGGCGGCGAGGAAGACCACCGAAGCAGAGAGACGAGCCUCAAGUGGAGCCUGUGUGCGAACCGGAUGCAGAUGCAGAGGUCGUUGCCACGGAGCCCACCGCGACAGGGGAGCUCAGCCCAGAGGAGGCUGGCGUGCAGGAGGCGGAGCCAGAGGGCGGGCCUAAGCAGCAGAGCGCGGUGGACGGGGAACACACCUGCUCCGAGUGCGGCAUGUCCUUCCCGAGGCGCUACUCUCUCAUCAUGCACACGCUGAAGCACGAGAAAGCCCGCGGAUACAAGUGCAGCCUGUGCAACAAAGAGUUCCAGUACGCCGCUUCGCUCCGUGCCCACCUGGCUCGACACAAGCAGCAGAGCAGCCAGCGGGCGUCCAUCUCCAGACCGCCGAUCGAGCCCGCCGCCGAGGGCCGAGGGGACAGCGACCUGGACGAGAAGACGUCCUCGCCGCAGACCAGGAGGGAGUUCGUGUGCGACAUCUGCGGGAAGACUCUGCCCAAGCUGUACUCCCUGCGCAUACACAUGCUGAGCCACACCGGCGUGCGGCCACACUCCUGCAAGGUGUGCGGUAAGACGUUCGCCCACAAGCACAGCCUGAAGAUGCACCGGGCGCUGCACGACGUCUCCAAGCAGUUCCAGUGCGAAUACUGCAAGAGGUCGUUCGUGAGCAAGCGCAGCAUGGAGGAGCACACUAGCCUCCACACAGGUGAAUCCAAGUAUCUGUGCAACACGUGUGGAGCCACCUUCCACCGAGCCUCGGCCCUCAGCAAGCACCUGAAGAAGCACCAGCCCAAGCCCGACGUGCGGCCCUUCGCCUGCACCCACUGUGACAAGAGGUUUUACGAAGCCAAAGACCUGCAGCAGCACAUGAACAAGCACAUGGGUCUGAAGCCGUUCCAGUGCCAGGUGUGCGGGAAGUGCUACAGCUGGAAGAAAGACUGGUACUCGCACGUCAAGUCCCACAGCGUGGCCGAGCCCUUCAAGUGUAAUGUAUGUGGUAAAGAGUUCUUCGAGAAGGCCCUGUUCAGGAGACACGUGAAGAAGGCCACGCACGGCAAGAAAGGCCGAGUCAAGCAGAACUUGGAGCGGGAGUGCGAGCAGUGCGGCAGGAAGUUCAUGCAGCUGCGCGAGUACAGACGCCACGUCAACAACCACCAAGGGGUGAAGCCGUUCGAAUGCCUGACCUGCGGCGUGGCCUGGGCUGACGCUCGCUCCCUCAAGCGCCACGUGCGCACUCACACGGGAGAGCGUCCGUACGUGUGCCCCAUCUGCCAGGAGGCCCACAUCGAUGCGCGCACGCUCCGCAAGCACAUGGCCAAGUACCACGUGGACAAUCUGCCCGGCAAGAUCAUGCUGGAGAAGGACACUCUGCAGUUCCACAACCAGGGCACUCAGGUGGAGCACGCUGUCAGCAUCCUGACCUCCGACCUGCCCCCCGAGCUCAGGCCGGCCCAGCAGCCCGCCGCGGAGGAGAUCGAGACGGUGCUGAUCACGGAGGAGACGGUGGAAGCGGUGGAAGCGGUGGAAGCGGUGGAAGCGGUGGAGGCGGUGCAGGCGGUGCAGGCGGUGCAGGCGGCCAGCGACGGCUCGGUGGCCACGCUGUCCGACCAGGGCAUCAUGCAGGUGGUGAACUACGUCCUGGCGCAGCAGGCCAAGCUGGAGGAGGCUCCCGAGGUCAUUCAAACCAUGGAGGUGGAGGUGGCUCAUGUGGCCGAGGUGGAGUAACUGGCAAGGACUAAUUGGAGUUUCCUUUCAGUUUGUAUAAAUGUAAAAAAAAGAAAACACCCUGAAAAUACCUAUUUUUUUCUCAGGAUGUAAAUAUUUGAGUGAAGUAUGAGUGUAGUUUUCACGGACACCGAAUUUGAAAUGUGGCGCUCGGGACGGAGGGAACGCUCACUGCGGCAGCGUUUGUUGCACCUGGUGAACAGAAACUGUGAGACGUCACUGUUGUAAAACAUAGAUCCUGUAGCCAUCACGGCCCCUGGGGUCACAUUCAUUCAAUGAAAUAAAAGCUUUAACUACUUGGCCGUCAGUGGCUUCAUUGUCAACUGCAGAGAGAGACUUCAAGCUUUAAGCUGUAAGCCAGUACCUGUUAAUGUUGAACCAGAGAGGCGCUUCUGUUCAGAAGACAACCAACAAUGUAAAAUGAGCAUGAGUAUAGUCAUUGUGCAUUACCGUCUGGCUCCAUACAUCAGUGGAGAAAGGGUGGAGCAGCUAAUUUUAAGGCUUUUUUGUUUCUAUAACAUAAAUGUAAAAACAAGAUGUUAACAGAGUGCAAUGGUACAGAUAUAACAUUAUAAAAAACUAAAAGGUUAUUGUAACACUUGUGCAUCUAAUGACGCAUCUGCAAAUGUGUAAAUCCUCAGAACAAAUGAGUCAUUCAACUGUAUCAAACUGGAGACAGAUGCCAAUUCAAUACCUUCAGGCUGGGUUCUUUACUCCCACAAUUUUCUAAAAUCUUGGAAAAAACUUUUAUACACAGACUGGUGGAAUUUUUUUACAAAACAGCCUGCUGUCUGAAAGCCAAUCUGGAUUCAUAUCACAAAGAUCUGCAUCACUUUAGUUAGUAGAAGAAAAAAAUCACCAGCUCCAUGGACAAAAAGAAAUGUGCAGUUGGACUGAUCUUAAAAAGAAAAAAAAAAUUCACGCAAAUGAGAGAUUUUCAUGCUUGGAUGUUGCUUGUGGUGUCCACCAGAGGUCAGUAUUGAGCUAUUUAUGUAUACAUAAAAGAUGUAUGUAAAAUCUCAGAAGUGCUCAAAUUUAUUUUCUUUGCUGAUGAGACAAGCAGCUCAUGGAGCUAAUCAUCUCAGAACUGAACAAAUUCACAAAGUGUCUUUACCUUAUUUUGCAAAACUAUAUAUAUAUAUAUAUAUAUAUAGCCGAGAGGUCGUGGGUUAUAAUUAGCAUCCAUUUCCAUGCAUUGACAUACCCAAAGUCA